AUGACCCAGACUAUAGAGCCCUGUGGACCAGCGGAGGACGACGACGCUUCUUACCAGACUUUCUCCUCAACCCCUCUGGUGGAAUCCUCAGCCUCGUCUCAGCCAACCUACACAACUGCGGGGACCAUCUACAAUCCCAAUUCUUCACAGCGACUCCAGCCCCCCGCUCGCCGUGGCCGCUUGCUCAAGUUGAACUCCGAAGCCAGCGGAUUCCCUCUUGAUGCUACAAAGUUUGGCACUCCCAGAACUAUGCUCUCUGAGGCACAGUUCAGAUCCGACACCAGCGUCAAAGUGCCGGCUGCCCCUACAGCUAUUCAGCAGUACAGCCCUCUACAGCAAAACUAUGAUCGCGCUGUUAGCCCUGUUGUUAGCCCACACCAAGAACCCAGAAUGUCAUCUCAGGGCCUCAGACGGCAUAACACGUCCCUCCGUGCUGGAGCUGAUUCGCCAUCACUCUCCCUCUUUGAUAAUGGCAAGGGGAAGGCAGUCGAGAUCAACAAUGACAGUUCCAGUGAUGAUGAGAACGAUAUCGUCAACAGUGCCCUAAUGAACAUGACUGUCAAGUCUCUCCAAAACCUGGCUUCGUAUCCAAACCCGAACCAAAAGAACGCUCAGAAGGCGCUCCUUCGGGGGACAAGACCAAAGGCCGGCAACAGCCUAAGCGGUGGCCCAUCCAGGCUGAGCACCCCUUUCACAUACCGCAACGACAGUCAAGGUGGAGCGCGAAUCUCCUCAAGUGAAGAAGUCUCAAUGGGACUCAGGCCUAUUCUGUCGGAACCCGGCAUUCUGUACCAGAGAACCCAGGAGAGUCGAUGGAGGUCUCGAAAGAUGGCAUCCGAAGCUGGGGCAAGUGGCACUUAUCACAGCGCCUUUGAAUCGCGGCUUUCGACUCCCUCUACAAACAGCGACAACACGGAUCCCAAUCCGUUAGCAUCCAUGCAUCUCGCCACAGGCCCAGGUGCGCCCAAACCCUUGACGGCUGGGCCUCCUGGACAACGCCAAUAUCGUCCUUCAACGUUUGAAUCGACAUUCAAAGCUCUUACGACCCGAUCGGCGGCCUCUCAAGGUUCCAUCGCCGAAGCUGACGAUGACCGUCCUUCAUUUGUUUUCAAGGUGUUCAAUACCAUGCCAUCGACUCCUCAAGAGUCCGUGGCAGAAGACGAAGAAUACAUGUCAGCUCCUGAGUCGUCAUUCAUGGCGUCCAACACCAUGCCGGCACUUUCCCAGAGCCCGCUCGCUGAGUAUGAGGAGAAUCCGAUGAUUUCUCCAGACACUCUGCUGUACUUGACCAUCAAUUCUGACCCCGACUGGACCCCAGAACAAAGAUGCACCGCUGAUGCUCAGAGACAAGAUUACUCCGGUUCAGUUGGCUCGGGAAUGUACCGUGCUCAUGAAGAAUGGGACGAGCCCACUGGCCCGAUGUUCCCCCAGUGCAUGGGAUACCCAGGACGCUUGACCGCGAGGGAGAUUCAUGAGCACAAUUGGCGACUCAACGUUAUGUGGUAUGCAGGAACUGGUUUACUGGGAGAUAUUGAUGCGGCUCAAGUGCUCUCCCGGCCUGAUUGCCAUAAUGUUAGCCCACCGGCAGCAAGGAAUAUUUACGGCGCAGUUGGCGAGGGCCGUCCCAGCCGAACUGGACAGGAAAGGCCCACUGCUCAAAGAAACGCUACUUGGUCAUCGAGAAGCAUGUCAUUGAAGUCUGUCGACAGCGACGUUACGAACGGCCUCGCGCUUUUGGACCAGGUCUUGAGCAGGGCUGCCUGAUUGUUACCAAGAGGAUGGGGAGUUGGUAUAAAGAUUAC